UAACAGCGACGUACCGUCGUUCCGGAAAAUAGUACCUACUGGUUCAAUUUUCGAAGACAGAAUAAUGCCUCCUGACAGUAAAAAUGCCGGAGAUGCACCUCCGCCUAAACAAGGGCGCUCCAAGGUGAAAAUGCAGACGGUCGAGGAAGAGCCACCGCCGAAAACGCAGUCUCAGCUCUUGCUUGAAGAACAACUGCGGCGCGCCGAAGAGCGAAGGAGGCGUUUCAAGCGACGGUGGCCCGACAUAAGGAGGCCUACGCUAGUCUGCAGGCCGUGGAAGCCGCCGGGGCCUCCAAGACGAGAGCUACCGCUGAAACUAGAGUUGCCCGCGCUGACGCUGCGUCGCUGGGUGCCGCCGUACCGGCGCCGGCGCCGCCGCCGCCCGCGCAUGCUGCGGGUCCCGCCCGAGGAGAUCAACAAGGAGCUUUACGAGUGCGCCAAACUGAAGAAGAUAUGGCACAACUUCAGCCAAGUGGACCGCAACAAGAUGAUGCUGCGUGGCAAGUUAGCUUGCAACUCCAAGCGGUACCGGUGCGGCGUUGGAAGUGGAACCCAAACAGCGUGCAUAGCGUUCGUAGCGCGCGCCCUACUGAACGAUAAGGCAGCUUCAGAACUUACUCGACGGGAUGUGGACGAAAUUGUCGAUACAGGGGAUAAGUUCUACCACCAGUGCAUGCUGGCGUUGAAGUGUUACAAGGGCAAGCGUCAGUUGGAGCUGAAGCAACUCCUCACCUCCUUCUAUUUCAAUGACCACAAGUACACCGUCAAAAUCCAGGAGAAGGACCAAGGGAUUCUGGCCAAGCAUCCGGACAACAUACACUCAGCGCCUGAUCUCAUGGGGCUAAUGGAGAAGCGAGUCGGCACCAAUUACAUGUCCAUCCUUACCGUCGGCGACCGCCAUUUCCUGAUCUGGGGACAUCCCCCACCCCCUGAAGCUGGCUCACAGUGCAAGACUGUCUGCUACAUCUUCGACCCUCACAUGCAGAGCGAGAAUGGACAGCCGCAUCGAUUGCAAGGUGGCGCUGCCUUCCUUCGUUACGCCGGCGUCACCUCCUUUGUACUUGACUUCGUGGCCAACUAUGGGGGGCUGGACGCUAGUAAACGGGAGUGCCCAAUGCCGCCAGUUAUCAUCACUGAUAUUGAGGUACUAGCCCGCGAGCCACUGAUCCGCCAGCCCCGGUACGAGCUGGAUUUGAAGGCACUACCCGCGCAUUGCGAAUCAGAAUGGGUCAGCAUGAACAACAACGCGCUCAUCGAAAGGAAACAUGAGGGAGAAUAUCCGCUGCAAUCCCUGAGCGCAGUUUCGCUGGCGACGUCGCGCACCACCUCGCGUCGGAAGCUUCGCGAGUUCUAUCAGAAGGUGCCCAAAGAGCCGGCGCCAACAUUGCCAAUGGCGCCCGAGAAAGGUCCCGUGGCGCCCACCAUGGACCAGAUCAUGGGUUUUCGUGGGGAGGAUUUCUUCCUGUAUUGUCCUAAAGGAGAGGCGCACAUGUUUGGCAGAGACGACAUGGUCUCUAGGCCCAAAUCGGAGACAAUCCUCCACAGCGUGGUGGACGUGGCCAACAAGAACUUCCACUCGCAGUAUCAGCAGUUGGAUGCUGAGAAGUGGAUACUGCGAGCCACCAGACACAUGGCCAGUCACAGAUACCAAACGUUCAAAGUGUUCACGGCGGUUCCAUGCUGCCUCGUCGCGCUCGGGAUGCUGCGGCGCCUCCGCGCGCGAGCAUGGAAUGAAGAUAUCCUCGAUGAGACGCUAGACCUUGGCUACAAUGUGUAUCGGGAGUCUUUACUGCCACGUGGCGGUCCGAUUAGGCGUCUGGUGCUCGGUGAGAUGGCGGAAAGCUUCAAGAUUAAAGACAAGGAAUAUACACAUAAGGAACAAGGCAUCGCAGUGUGGGGUAAGCUGGUGUCAAACAACCCGAAGGUGUUCGAUCUGUGUCGUGGCCUUGACGAGUUCUUUAGAACUGCAGACGCUGGAAUACUUCAGGUUCCCGGGGUGCUGGAGACUGCGAUCUGGAACGAAGGUGGCAUGUAUUAUCUGUACCACCCGUGGCCCGCCGACAGAUAUGGAAUCAGGGUAGGCCUCCAAGGCGGCGGCAAGGCGUGCCUCCUCUGCUUCAAGCGCACCUCCGGCCUCUGCGACCACUUCCUGGCCGCGACGCGCGACCUGCGCCGCAAGCCCUUCAGCAUCAGCGCCGUCAGCGUCAUGGAGCGCCCGGGCGGACCACUGCCCGAGCCUAUCAAUAAUCUUAAACCGGUGGCCCAAAACCGCUGGGUAAUCCGCGGCAGUUUCCACGAGGGCGACGACCGAUUCCCUGAAGAACAUCGCAACAAGCAAGCUACUCCUAUAGCCAUAGCCGCUAUUGCUAUGGCACAUGUAGCACCGAUUGACGAGUGGACACAGGAAGAAGUUAACGAGACGCUGAUCCGUGGUGAUAUCCUCUAUGAAAGCACCAUGGAGAACCUAGAAAAGAUGGGCAUCAGCAUGGACACCACCCCAACUGAGGCCGAGGGUGAAGCUGAAGAGGAACCGGCCCCAGCAGGGACCCUGGCUGCUGCUGACGUCAUGACCAGGUUCAGGAUAUCCGACUUCGACUGUAUUGAGACUGAAGUCCAAGAUGGGGCGUUCGUUGGAUCCCUGACGCCGUCGGAAGGAGUACUGUCCUUGCGACAGUCCUUGAAGAAGCUCUUUAACGAAGCGUCAUACGCGGUGGUGACUGCUCGAGGGAGCUCCAUGGCGGUGUUUAAGGCUGACAACAAGUAUUACAUGUUUGAUCCUCAUGGGUGUGACGAGAAUGGUUACCUAUCAGAUGACCUAACAGCCACAGCCUGCCUCGUCUGCGUCGGCAGUUCCACCGACGCACUAGCAGCCGCCAUUGAGAGUAAUCUGCCUCCUGGCAGUGAUGAUACUUUCAACAUCUCGCCUGUUGAGGUCACGCCUACUAAGCUCAACAUGGAGUUGGGUGCUCCUGAACCCAAAUUAGAGAGCAAGGAUUUCGCGUGGAUUCAGAAACGCGCCGCAGCCAUCAUGGCCGGGCCGCGCGGAGAACACUCCGCGCUCGGCAAAUCUGCCAAAAAGGCCGGCAUUGGGGAUGAGGACAAGGCAGGACGAACGCUGGCGUUGCCAGCUGUCGCUGCGUUUGCGGCAGCCACCGACGCGGUGCCUCCUCCACACAUGCAUCAGGACCACAUGUUCAACUGCUUAGAUGCCGGCGCCGACUAUUAUCUCCAGCACGUGAAGAAGACGGGCAACAAGACCAUCAACGUCGAAGAUUUGUCACAGAAGUUCGAGAUGGGCGCCAACACCUUCUCCAUUGAGUUGGAGGAACCUAAAACUAGGCUGCCUUUGCGGUUGCCAGAUGAACCUGCCGGAGAAGGCGCCGAGGGCGGCGGGGGCGAGGAAGCGGGCGAAGGGGGUGAAGAAAUCAAACAGAUUAAAGACCUGAUGACCAAGAUGUGGAACGACCAGUCAAAACCAACACAGACUGCGUUGCUCCUCGGCGACUACCACCAACUUGGAGUGUGGUGGUCGGCCGGUGGACAAGUGGUUGCCUUCGAUCCUGCGCCUACCAUGCCUCGUCUUAUGUUGACCGAGCACCGAAUACAGAAGGGUGAUGAGAUCCGUCUCCAGCGCAUCAAGGAUGAGAUGGCCGGUGAAGGGGGCGGCGGCGGGGACGACGAGGAAGAAGCGGGAGGCGAGGGCGAGCAGCAACCAGAGCCAGAACCAACGCCGGUGCCGCGCGAGGCCACGCCCGUCCUCAUGGUCUUUGCUAGUCCUUCGGAGUUCAUUGACAAGCUCACGCUCCAAGGCCCCCUAGAUCGCAAGCAAUGCCUGGCCCCAUACAAGCUGUACACCGUCAAGGUCAUCAACGAGUUGACCUCGAUGGUGAAGGACAAGCGACCCGCGCCCAAAGGAGGCGAGGACGAGGGCGAGGGAGAAGAGACCGAAGCCCUAGUGGAGCCCCUGAACGACGAUGCGGUUGGCAGGUACAUGGCGCGCACGGGCCGCACGGUCGCGUCGGUGCGCGGGCGCGUCGCGCAACAUGAGAACUACUUCAGCGAACCGGCGAGGGACAACCAGGACGCCGCUGUGUCAAUGGUAGCCAUCGCGGUCGCACACAUUGAGCCGUACAUAUACUGGAAACCAGCCCUCAUAGACGCCGUGGUCAAAUAUGGCGACAGAUUGUAUACGAUGUCGCUGGGAAGUGCGAGUAAGCCACCAAGGGUGACCGCAACAGAGUGUGUGCGGGACUAUAGGAUGACUACUUUUAACGUUAGAACAACUGUAGGCGACGAUGUAGUGAAUGGCGAUCUGAAGGCAGGAGAUUCCGGAUCCGUUCUCAAUGUGCGUCGGGCCAUCGCCAGAUUCUUUGAAUCGAACAAAUACGGUGUGCUCUGCGCGAAGGACUACUGCGUGGCGAUCUGGCAAGGCGAAGCCGGCUCCUUCUGCAUGUUCGACCCUCACAGCGUCGGGCCCACUGGGAAGUCAUCUCCUAUUGGAGGCGCUGGGCUGAUUGUCUUCAGUACGACGGAUGACCUGGCAGAUACUUACAGAGAGAGUGUGGAGGCGCUUAAUCGUCCAGGGAAUAACAAGCUCUCAAUAACUCCAAUCUCGAUCGGGUGGGAGUUCUCCAAGAUACCGGGCAAGGCGGUGGUGCAGAGCGCCGUGCCCGACGAGGGAUAUGAGUGCAAGGUGCUAACAGCAUACGUGGAGAUGGCAAAAGGCCGCACCAUCCUGCGAGGCUCGCGUCCGCCAGACUCUAACAAGUUCUGUCGUGAUGCAAUACUGCAGUCAGCCGCAAGUGCAAUCACCGGUGCUUGCAUGUCCCACGUACGUCAGCCGCAUCUCUGGACAAGGAACACCAUCGAUCAGGUGAUAUCAGAGGGCUGCAAGCUGUUCACGGCGUCCAUCAACAACCUUGGCUACGAGUUUAGACCUGGAGAUGAUGUGCUGAUGCCCUUACAGGUCAUGAAGCGUUUCAUCCUGGGCUCGAACUACGUCCGUUUCGACCUGCAGGAGGUGUCGGGCGGACGGAUCGAGCAGGUCAAACCCGAGGGUGCCGACACGUUGAGAUCGGCCAUAGACCACUUCUUCACGCGCCGCAACACGCACGGAAUUGUAUGGUGUGCACCGUUCGCGGCGGCCAUAUGGUCCGCAAGAGGUCCGACACCGCCAUACUAUAUGCUGGAGCCGCAUGCUGCUGGACCCACCGGCUUGAGGACGGACGGACGGGAUGUUGGAACGGCGUGUGUUCUCACGUUCACGUCUCCAAAACUUUUGGCGCAUGCCUACCUCCAAAACAUCCCUCCUAAAGACCGUCUAAAGAAGAACUACCAUCUCUACAACAUCUCCGUGCAUGUGGCACCCAUCAAGAAGUUACUGAAGGAUCCACCAUUAGUGAAGUCUACGCCUGAUGUGAAACUGGUGCCCGCCACUAGCAAGGUUGGCGUCGACGGUCUGAAACGGCGAGCAUCCGAGGUAGACAGAAAGCAUCCACCUGGUGGUAUCACCUGUAAGGAUGCUCAGAGGGCCACGGAGGCUCAGGACAAGGAGCAAACCAAGCUCAGAGGUCGUCGCAACGCAAACGGCUGGCUGGUCCUGCAAGAUGGCUCACAGUUCCUGAGCGCGCGCCAUUCCAUCGCUUGUCGCAAGUUCCCUCACGGUUCCCGCGGUCACCAGGCCCUAGCGUGUGCUGUGAUGGCGGUGGCGAUGUCCCGCGUCCAAGAUGUCUGCCGCUGGUGCUCCUCCACUAUGGACGCUGUUCUGCUGAGUGGAGACCAGCUGUACCAAGACAGCUACUUGCACUACAGGCCAAAGGACACUAAAAUACUUCAGAUAGAACAGAUCCUUCGCAAGUUCUACACGCCGGGCAACUGCGUGUGUCGCGUGGUGGUGUUUAAGCCGCGACAAGAAGGCAACGUGGAGUCCAACCUGAACGAACAGCUGACGGCGUUCUUCAGAGAAGAGAGGCACGGCGUGCUGGUGGCGGGGGAUGGAGAUUUCGCUGUCGCACUCUUCAAGACGCCCAGAGGGUUUUACAUGUUCGACGCGUCGGACCGCGACCGCUACGGGCGAGCUGUACCACCUCCCUGUAUCGGACACGCACGCGCUUGCUUCUCGCAAUAUCCUACAGUUCAAUCUCUAGCGGAGAAGCUCGUCGCAAACAUACCGCCCGUGAUCAAGGCUGAGCAAGAGGCCGAGCAGGGCAAUGAACGUAAAGAGUCCAAGGUAACAUUUAAGGAGGAAACGGCAACGUUUAAGAUCUACGGCAUGGAAGUUACGAGUUUGCGAAGAUUGAACCAGUUCGAGAAGUGAACAGUGAACCAGUAGUACACAGUGAAUCAACGUAUUUCGUUACGUUCAUGAUGUGCUACAUAAAAAUGUAUCUGCGGGGGUAGAUGAGUUUGAGAAGUGAGCAGUGAGCCUAUGGUGAACAGUGAACCAGAAUGGUUUUUAUCAUGUUUGACCAAUAACUCUACUUUCAAAAAUAUUUGCACGGUUUUAGUUCCUAUUCUUAUUUUUGUCAAUUUAUGCAGUUAAAUAUAACUCGUUUUACUCGUCUUGCAACCAAAAUUUAACAAAACAAUUGUUGUGUGUUGUCGUGGCCAUUUUGUAUUUGAAACAAAGU